ACUGUGUGUAAGUAGAGAGCAGGAAGUUCAGCGAAGCUGUGGUUAUGUCACAAUGGUAGUAGGGUAACCAGCUUUGGCACCGAAUCCAAGCACAACUUACAGAGCAUUUUGAUAUUGAUUCAUUCGGCAUGAAAACACUACUCCACAAAUACGUUAAAAUGAGUGUAAUGGACAUCAACAAGAUUUUCUCCAUGCUAAAGCCCAAAGAGGAUGAAGAAGAGCUGGCAGAGGCGCGUGAGCUUCACUUAGCGGUAACGAUGGAUAAUCCUGAGUAUCUAUGCUCUUUGCUUUCACAAGACAGAUUUAAGGAAUUAAUAAACACACGAUGUGGAUGGGGAAUUCCAAUGACCCCUCUACGCUUGGCUGCAUCCAAAGGAUCUCUUGAGUGUUUGAAGAUUCUGUUGGCCAAUGGAGCAGAGAUAGACAGCCUGGAUGUGAAGGCCCAGACACCACUCUUUGCUGCAGUCAGUGCUGGACAUUUCGACUGUGUCAAGGAACUGCUGGAAGCUGGAGCCAGCCCAUGUGGCAGCAUCCAUAAUAAUGGUUCUCCUGUCCUUACUUCUGCUCGGGAAGGAAACGCCAACAUCUUAAGGGAGCUCCUAAAACACGGAGCAGAAGUAAAUGUUAAAUCAAAGUUGCCUGAUUGGGCUUCAAACAACACAAGCACCACAGGACCUUUAUAUCUCUCUGCAGUGUACGGGCACACACAGUGUUUCAAAACUCUUCUCCUUUAUGGAGCUGAUCCUGAUUAUAACUGUACCGACCAAAAACUUUUGCAGAGGAUCAAGCAACCCAAAACAGUACUGGAGAUCUGCCUGAAGCACGGCUGUAGAACACAUUUUGUGCAACUGCUCAUUGAUUUCGGUGCUGAUUUGUAUUUGCCUGAUAUCCAUACGAAUAAGGCAUUCCCCAACCAUGAGGCAAUGGAACUUCUGAUGAGAGAAAGAGUUCACCCCAAGUCCCUUAUGUCACAAUGUCGCCUGGCCAUAAGGAAGCAGCUGAGAGAAGCACGAUGGGCACGUUGCACUGAGCAUCUCAUUGAGCAGCUAGAGAUACCACAGUCAAUGAUCAGAUACCUACAGCACCAAACAUGAGAGAGCAGAGACCCCACGCUGACAGCCCUGUCAGAAACAUGGACACCAAAUAUAUCCCAGAGUGGAGUGGUUAGUAGGGUUGGAGACUGAAUCAAUGAUUUGAAUAAAUUCAUGAACACAUGGCCAAA